CAUGCAAUUUACAACUCGAGUUACGAAUAUCAACCAGGAAGAUAUAGACGCACCAUAUAUAUGUCUAAAUUUAAUCAAAUAUAGAAUAUAGUAUAUAAAGACGUGCAAGUUAAACAGUGCGUGAAAGAUGUAAAUUCGUGUUGUAUUAAAUACAUUUCAGCCAGCAUGAAAAUACCAGAAGGAGUUAGAGUUUGUUGUGCUGCAGACCUGUUUGAAUACGAUGAAGCGAAGGCGCUAAAUCUGCGGAAGUUUUUCAGUUACUAUAAGGACCAGUUCCCUAUGCUGAUUGUAAUCAUUGGCGGUCAUUACGGGGAAACAAAGUUUGAUUGCUACGAUAAUUUGCAGGUAUUACGGGUCCACUGCUAUUCAUCGCAGCCACGAGUGGCAGCAGAAGACGCCAGAUUGGACCCCAGGUGCCAGACUGGCUGUAUCACUAUACCGGAAGACACGCUUAUCAAGUUUAGACUCGUCAAAGGACACACAAAAGUCGGGCUUCCCCAGAGACUGUCUGAGCUCCUACAAGAGAACGACCAACUUCCAUUGCUUGUACAGAUGGCGUGCGACAGACAGUAUCCGGUCAGGGUUGGAACGAAUAGACACGUGGCUAAGGACUUUGGUAAUAUUAUGAUCAAGGAAAAAUACUCGGAACAUUUCUUCAUGAUGAACUGCGUGGACGGCGUCGAACUGAAUUUAAACAAAUUGAUAUGUAUGGCGUGUUUAUCCGAAGAUUUAGAAGCUACUCCCGUAACGGGAUUCAAAUACGGUUCAAAGGCGGAGUUCGACGAACUUUGCCGAAAUCUAUCACGGGAAGUAGCGGAAAGUGGAGAAGUAUAUGACAGGACGCAAGGCAACGAUGAUUUCUCAGAGUAUUCAUUUGAUGAAAUGCGCAAUCUGUUGGAGAUGUCUGAUAGUGUUACUGGCACAUGGCUACGCGAUAAAGACGACAUAGACGCAGCUGACACACAAGAUGAUGAUUACGAAGAAAUACCACCAGAUCUACCAUCAAGAAAGCCUGUUCAAGCACCUGUGACAAAUGAAGCUAAAGCAAAUAUACAUCAAGACAAGAAACAACACUACAAACCAGCACCAAUACCAGCAACCAAACCAUCCGCACAAUCCCCAAAACAUCCGAAAUCGCCUAAAGUUCAACACAAAGAUAAAGAUUCAAAAGGUGCAUUUGGAUUUUUGAAAAAGAGGCAUCGAGAUCAUCAUAGUACAGAAGAGGAAGAAGGAAAGCAAUUAAAGGACGCAGUAAACCCUGUUAAAUCACCAAAUACAGCUGAUGAUACGCAUCUGCAUACUAAUAGAGCUCCUCCUAAGAUUCCGCCCAAAGCAGUGUCUUUUCCUGCCACUCAAACAAGCGAAUCACAAGAUACAAAUGCUUAUUCAAGUGCCGGUUAUGUUAAACUGGCAGCGCACAAUAAUUACCAGAACACUAAAAUAGGUAGGGCGACCGUGAAACCCAUGCAACAGGUAAACGUGGAUACACAAAGGGAAGACAAUCUGCCAAUUAAAGCCGAUGAUAAAGAAGAACAAGAAUAUGAAGUUCCAGACGACGUUUCAACGGCGCAAUCUGUCAAUAAGUCAGCUGUGGAACGAAAACAAAACCAGAACAAACGGAACCCAUUACUUAAUGAGUUGCAAAAAAAGAUUACUGCACAUGACAACAAAGCCAGUGAUUCAACAGAAGAGGUAUAUGAUGAAGAAUAUGAAGAUAUGGAUCUCGGAAAAGGAACAAAACAAGGGAAUGGUGACAAUGUGGUACCACGACAACAAGUGCCACAAUCAAAGGUCACACAUUCUGACAGACAACAUUCACCAAGGGGAAAGCACCACCCGGAUAUUUCAAGAGAAGAAAAUGUUCCAUCAAAUACAGAAGGCCAAAUUGCAAAGGAUGUUCCAGAAUUCAAUGUAAAUGAAAUGUCCAUCAAGGAAAUCGGUGAAAAUCUGAAAGCUUUGAAGCUUGGACAAUAUGCAGAGGUGUUCGAGGAAAACCAAGUCGAUGGAGAAAUUUUAGCGAGUCUUAGUGUUGAAGACUUGCAAAAUGAACUCGGGUUGAAAAAAUUAGAAGCAAUAAGGUUGAACAAAUUUGCUAUUUCAGGCCAUGUUCCAAGAUAAAGAACGCAAUAUGAAAAGCUACUGUUAACAAAGAACGUAAGACGGAUACAUUUGUAUGACAGUAUUUAAGUACAAUGCAAAUCUCAAAAUGUCUCAAGGAAAGCGGGAAAUAUGUCCUCUAACACUCCAAAAAGCACGUGUAAAGGAAACCUUAUUCAUACUAGUGGGCUAAAUUUAAGAGUUUUGUCCAGUUUUAAACAAAUUGUAGAAAAGAAAACUCAGACAUGUUUCUAAAACUUAUAAGUCAGUCUUCUUAAUCUUGCCUUGCAUGUUUUUAUCUAAUGCUUUGUAUAAUACAAAAUGAUUUUGCUAUAAAAUGAAUAUUUGAAAUUAACCAGCAUUGAAUUUCCAGAUCAAUACAUUGUUAAACCAUUGUUAAAAGCUGAAAAUCAACUACAUUCACGCUAUAAGCAAUACAUUUAGUUAACCAGUA